AUGAGGCUUGGCGGCUUGCUUCUGUAUGCCAUCACGGCGGCGGCCACGGUCAUUCAGUCUGAUGCCCACUUUUAUGGGGAGAGCCCGCCUGUCUACCCAGCUCCCAAUAUGACGGGGGCUGGAGAUUGGGCAGACGCUUAUGGGAAAGCCAAAGCUCUCAUUGCGGAGAUGACUCUAGACGAGAAAUCCAAUUUGACAUACGGUGUCUCUAGCACACAUAAUGGAUGCUCCGGUAACAUUCCAGGCGUUUCUCGCCUUGGAUUUCCGGGUCUUUGUCUCCAAGAUGCCGGAAACGGUGUUCGGGGCACUGACAUGGUGAACAGCUAUCCCGCGGGCAUCACUGUUGGCGCAAGCUGGAACAAAGAGCUUACCAAGCUGAGAGGUCAUUACCUUGGAGGAGAGUUCCGCACCAAAGGCGUGAACGUGGCUCUAGGGCCUGCUGUUGGACCGUUGGGUAGGAUAGCUCUUGGCGGUCGGAAUUGGGAGGUGUUUUCCAACGACCCUUACCUCUGCGGUUCGCUCGCGGCCGAGACCAUCACUGGCAUUCAGGGGCAAGGGGUCAUGGUGAGCGUCAAGCAUUUCAUUGGCAACGAACAGGAGACAAAUAGAAGCCCCCUCGAGGGGUCCGAACCCCCGGUCGAGGCGGUGUCGUCUAACAUUGACGACAAGACCCUCCACGAGCUUUAUCUCUGGCCAUUCCAGGAUGCCAUGAAGGCUGGUGCGGCGAAUGUAAUUUACAACCGUGUAAACAACUCGUAUGCCUGCGCGAACAGUAAGCUACUCAAUGGGGUGCUCAAGACGGAACUCGGAUUUCAGGGCUUCACCGUCAGUGACUGGGAUGCCCAGCGAGUCGCGAGUGCUCUCGCCGGCCUCGACAUGGCCAUGCCUGGUUCCGUAUAUUGGGGCGCCAAUCUUACCACAGCAAUCCAGAAUGGCUCUGUGCCGGAAUCACGAUUGGAUGACAUGGCUACAAGAGACCCCAAUGCGGUUCCGGUUCUCUUCCAGGGGGCAACCGAAGGGCACGUACUCGUGAAGAAUCUAGAUGCUCUGCCAUUGAAGGGGCCGCAAGUUGUGUCAGUCUUUGGUUAUUCCGCCACUACCUAUCAGGCCUGGGGUCCCGUGCAGGGGAUGGACAUGCUCAAGUGGCUUCUUGGACAGACUAAUGCGAAUCUGACGGAGCUUCUGCUCGCCUCCCGCUCUCAGGAUCUGAGAUCAUCGGCCAUCGCGAUAAACGGCACCAUCUUCACGGGCGGCGGCUCAGGCUCGACCACUCCAGGCUGGAUAUAUAGCCCGCUAGACGCGCUGACGCAGCGCGCCAUGAAGGAUGGUACGGAUCUGCUUUGGGACACGGCCAGCCCAGCCCCGUCCGUGUCCGAAUCCGACGCUUGUCUGGUGUUCAUCAACGCCUGGGCCACGGAGACACUGGACAGAUCCGCGCUCUACGACGAUUACUCGGACGGGCUCGUCAAUUCGGUGGCGGACCAGUGCAGCAACACCAUCGUCGUCAUUCACAACGCAGGCAUCCGCCUCGUGGACGGGUUCGUUGACCAUCCAAAUGUCACCGCCAUCAUCUACGCUCAUCUACCCGGCCAAAGCUCCGGAGAGGCCACCAUAGCCCUGCUAUAUGGCGACGAGAACUUCUCGGGGAAGCUGCCUUAUACCGUCGCCCGGCAGCCAAGCGACUAUGGCGACCUCCUCGAUCCGGACCUACCGGAGGGCAGUUUCACGCUCUUCCCGCAAAGUGAUUUCGAUGAGGGUACAACCAUCGACUAUCGCGCCUUUGACGCGUUCAACAUCACGCCACGGUAUGAGUUCGGCUUCGGCAUGUCGUACACAACGUUCGAGUACGCCGACCUGUCGAUUUCCUGCCGGGAUGGACUGUCUCACGAUGAAUAUCCUUCGGGGCCUAUUGAGCAGGGUGGCCAUCUUGACCUCUGGGACAACCUCGGCGAUGUCCAAUUCCGUAUCAAGAAUACUGGCGGUGUCGCUGGCCAGGAAAUUAGUCAGCUUUAUCUCGACGGAACGGACAGCCUCAAACACUUACGCGGAUUUGAGAAAGUAGCUUUGGAGCCGGGACAGACUGAGACGGUGACGUUGUCGUUGACGCGGAGAGACUUGAGCGAGUGGGACACUGUUAGCCAGAACUGGAAGCUGCGGACUGGGAGGAUCAGGUUAUGGGUGGGGGCCAGCUCUAGGGAUAUCCGAUUGGAAGGUUUCUUGGAGUUGUAG